UUAAGUAAAUGAAUAGCUCAUCAGAGUCGAAAGAGCAAGAACAAGAGCAGGUGAACUCACCAACAGGUGAGGAGCAAAUCAGCCUUGGUGGUGAAGAGGCCUCUUCAAAAUCGAACAAGAUAUGCUCAAAGGAUUAUAGAACUGAUUUUAUUAAGGACAAAACUUUGUCAACAAAGAUUAUUGACAGCAUUAUCAGUGUGCACCUUGGUGAGCCUGAUAUAAAAGACGAAGCAAGCACUUAUAUGAUUGAAAUGCAACAAAAUAAAGACGAAAUUCUGAAAAUUGCAAAGAAAAGCACCAAAUUAAGUCUUCCUUGCUGCGAAAAUCUUGACUUCUGGGAUAUCCCUGCGAAGAAUAAGAAGAUUGACAGAUUUAUGAACAAAUCAUUUCCAAAUCAAGUUGAUCUCUGCAGCUUUCAACAUGCUGGCAAUGUGGCAGUCCCAAUAAAAUUCUACUUGCGUACAAUAUGUACGCUCUCGACUAAGAGUCUCAAAUCACUUGAAAUUGGGAACUUUGAGAUCACCAAUUCACAAUUAAAGAAACUAGUUGCUUCAAUAAGACAUACUGCCUGGGUGGCCUUUUCAAGCUGUAUUCUGCUGACUGAUGAGGAACCUGAUUUACAAAAGUCUCUCAGGGGAGCCCAAAUAGAAGAACUAAACUUUAUAUUCACUGGAUCUUCUGAAUAUAGUGACUGGGGCAGAAAUCUCAAAAGAUUUCAAAAUAUCAUCUCUGCUUUAUCUAAAAGCAUUGAUGUUGAAAAGAACUUGAAAAGAUUAAUCGUAGAAGAUUGAGGAAUCUCUCAAUACAAGAUUAGAGAAAUUUUAGACCUCUUUGGACUCACAACAGUCAAGGUGUUGUUUCAUUAAAGCUAAAUCCCCAUCUUAUGUCAACAGUAAUAAUUUA